AUGAUGGCCACUCACCAGCUGUUACAGACUAGGCAAAAGAAUAAAUGCUCUAAGGAAUCAGUGUUGUUCCCCAACAAAAUUACUACUGAGCAGCAGUCUGUGGUGCUGGUGAAAAAACUUCUGGCUAUCUCAGUAUCCUGUAUAACAUACCUGAGAGGGUUGUUCCCAGAGAGUUCAUAUGGAACUCGUUAUUUAGAUGACCUCUGUCUAAAAAUUCUCCGAGAAGAUAAAAGCUGUCUGGGAUCAUUGCAGAUAGUCAAGUGGAUUCAAGGUUGUUUUGAUGCUUUGGAGAAGAAGUAUUUACAUAUUGCUGUCCUAGCAAUUUACACCAAUCGCAAGGAACCGGAGACAGUGACUGAACUGUAUCAGUUCAAGUUCAAAUACAAAAAGGACGGGCCCCAGAUGGACAUCAUCAGCAACAAAAUGAACUUUGUGAAUGGGGUGUGCAGUGAGGAGGUUAAAAAAGCCAGCAGCCUCCUGAUCCGUAAGCUGUACCUGUUAAUGCAAAACCUCAGGCCACUUCCCAAUGACAUUAACCUGACCAUGAAACUCCUCUAUUACAAUGACGUAACUCCUGAGGAUUACCAGCCACCUGGCUUUAAGGAAGAUGGCAGCCCUGGUAAUCUGCUCUUCGACGGUGAUCCUGUCAACCUGAAAGUGGGAUCAGUCUCCACUGGAUUCCACCUCAUGAAAGUGAGAGUAACAACUGAAAAGAAGAGGAUAGGGGCAGUUGAAAGCAGGCUGAUGCAGAAGAAUGGCCCUACUGAGAUCUCCCACCAAGGGUUAGACUGUGAUGAAGAGGAAGAGGAGGGAAGCCCCAAGAACAACCCCCUCCCUGCCAGAGCAGGUUCAAGUGAGCAUGGAGAGGAGAAAAAUGACAUGCAUCCAGGCUGGAAAUCUGAAGCAUCUUCUUUUUGUCUUCAGGAUAAGGGUGGAGAGGAGAGGACGAGAAUCAAAGAGACAAGCAAAAUGUGUUGCUCAAGGGCAUCUCCACAGAUAAGGUGCCUGAACCUUGCAUUUAGCCAGGAAGAGGUAAUAGGACCCAAGAAGAAAAGGAAGGUCAGUGAACCAGAGAAGCUGCUUCUGGGAGGCAGGAAGUGA